AAAAUGGAUAACUUUACCUUGGCCUCUACAACUCCUCAUGGAAAUGACUGUGAUCUUUAUGCACACCACAAUACAGCCAGGAUAUUAAUGCCUCUUCAUUACAGCAUUGUCUUCAUUAUUGGGCUUUUGGGAAACAUAUUAGCCUUGGUGGUCAUUUUUCAAAACAGAAAAAAAAUCAACUCUACCACCUUAUAUUCAACAAAUUUGGUGAUUUCUGAUAUACUCUUUACCACAGCUUUGCCUACACGGAUAGCCUACUAUGCGCUUGGAUUUGACUGGAAAAUUGGUGAUGCCUUGUGUAGGAUAACUGCUCUUGUGUUUUACAUUAACACAUAUGCAGGGGUGAACUUUAUGACCUGCAUGAGCAUUGACCGGUUCUUUGCUGUGGUACACCCUCUGCAAUACAACAAGAUAAAAAGAAUUGAACACGCAAAAGGCAUCUGCAUAUUUGUCUGGACUCUAGUAUUUGCUCAAACACUCCCACUACUCAUAAACCCUAUGUCAAAGAAUGAGGAUGAAAGAACUACAUGCAUGGAAUAUCCAAACUUUGAAGAAACAAAAUCUCUUCCCUGGAUUCUACUUGGUGCAUGUUUAAUAGGAUAUGUCCUUCCACUUGUAAUCAUUCUCAUCUGCUAUUCCCAAAUCUGUUGCAAACUCUUUAAAACUGCCAAACAAAACCCACUCACUGAGAAAUCUGGUGUAAACAAAAAGGCUCUCAAUACGAUCAUUUUUAUAAUCAUUGUGUUUGUUAUCUGCUUCACACCUUACCAUGUUGCAAUUAUUCAACACAUGAUUAAGAAGCUUCGUUUUCCUGAUCUCCUUAACUGUAGCCAAAGACGUUCGUUCCAGAUUUCUCUGCACUUUACAGUGAGCCUGAUGAACUUCAACUGCUGUAUGGACCCCUUCAUUUAUUUCUUUGCAUGUAAAGGGUACAAGAGAAAAGUUAUGAAGAUGUUGAAACGCCAAGUCAGUGUCUCCAUUUCCAGUGCCGUGAGGUCAGCUCCUGAAGAAAACUCACGUGAAAUGACAGAAACACAAAUGAUGAUACAUUCCAAGUCUUUAAAUGGAAAGUAAAAAGGAGCUAAAUCUUGGAUUUAUAGCAAAAUAAACUGUAAUAAGAGUUUGCAAGUCUUACAAACCAAAAUGAUUUGUUUGACUUCCAAUCAGGAUUCU